AAAACACUACAUUACCCACAACCUUGUGGAGACUACUCGUUGCCUUUCCAGUCACUACGGCUCAUACCUAGUGUCGUCGUUAAGUGGGUGAAAUUCAACUGUGCAUGAAUGACGCGACUUUCAGCUGUACUUGAACGCAGCGCACGAGCUCAGCACCUCUAGCAGCUAAAGAAGAGGAAGGCGUUUGAAAUGUCGGACCCGGCGGCUCAGGCCCUGCAACCCCGGCUCCUCCAAGCCCAGUCGGCCGCCGGGUCGAGUGGGUCCGGUGCCGGUGCCGCCGCGGCUUCGGGUAGCAGCGACCCGGCCAGGCCCGGCCUGAGCCAGCAGCAACGCGCCAGCCAGAAGAAAGCUCAAGUUCGAGCCUUUCCGCGGGCGAAGAAGCUCGAGAAACUUGGCGUUUUCUCCGCCUGCAAGGCCAUUGACACAUGUAAAUGCAACGGAUGGAAGAACCCCAACCCCCCCACGGCUCCUCGGGUAGACCUGCAGCAACAAGCCGCCAGCUUGAGCGAGCCGUGUCGCAGCUGCGGACAUGCCCUGGCUGACCACGUAUCCCACCUGGAGAACGUGUCGGAGGAUGAGAUCAACAGACUGCUGGGGAUGGUGGUAGAUGUGGAGAACCUGUUCAUGUCUGUGCAUAAGGAGGAGGACACGGACACUAAGCAGGUCUACUUUUACCUGUUCAAGCUGCUGAGAAAGUGCAUCCUGCAGAUGAGCCAGCCGGUGGUGGAAGGCUCGCUAGGCAGUCCGCCCUUUGAGAAACCCAACAUUGAACAGGGCGUGUUGAACUUCGUGCAGUACAAAUUUAGCCACCUGGCGCCCAAGGAACGGCAGACCAUGUUCGAGCUGUCCAAGAUGUUCCUGCUGUGCCUGAACUACUGGAAGCUGGAGACGCCGACGCAGUACCGGCAGCGCACGCAGAAGGAAGACGGCACGGCCUACAAGGUGGACUACACGCGCUGGCUGUGCUACUGCCACGUGCCUCAGAGCAACGACAGCUUGCCGCGCUACGAGACCACGCACGUCUUCGGACGCAGCCUGCUCAAGUCCAUCUUCACCGUCACGCGGCGCCAGCUUCUGGAGAAGUUCCGCGUGGAGAAGGAUAAACUGCUGCCCGAGAAGCGGACGCUCAUCCUGACGCACUUCCCCAAGUUUCUGUCCAUGCUAGAGGAAGAAAUCUACGGGGAAAAUUCGCCCAUCUGGGAAGCUGACUUCACCGUGCCCGCCAGCGAUGGCGCACAGCUGGGGCAUCAGACGGUGAUCGGUCCGACGGCAGUUUCGGGCCCGUCCGCCCUCUCCAAGGCUCUGAGCGCGGCUUCGUCUCUCGGCGGUCUGGACGCGGCGUGUUCGGAGCCAAUUCUAGGCGAGAAGCGUAAACUCCCCGAGGCGCUGACGCUAGAGGACGCCAAGCGCAUCCGCGUGAUGGGCGAUAUUCCCAUGGAGCUGGUCAAUGAAGUCAUGAUGACCAUCACGGACCCCGCCGCCAUGCUGGGCCCCGAGACCAACCUCCUGACGCCCAACGCGGCCCGCGACGAGACUGCGCGUCUGGAGGAGCGUCGCGGCAUCAUCGAGUUCCACGUGAUCGGCAACUCGCUGUCUCAGAAAUCUAACAAGAAGAUCCUGAUGUGGCUGGUGGGCCUGCAGAAUGUCUUCUCGCACCAAUUACCUCGCAUGCCCAAAGAGUACAUCACGCGGCUGGUUUUUGACCCUAAGCACAAGACCUUAGCCCUCAUUAAAGAUGGGCGUGUCAUCGGGGGCAUCUGUUUUAGGAUGUUUCCCACUCAAGGUUUCACGGAGAUCGUCUUCUGCGCCGUCACCUCCAAUGAGCAAGUGAAGGGCUACGGCACGCACUUGAUGAACCACCUGAAGGAGUACCACAUCAAACACAACAUCCUCUACUUUCUCACCUACGCUGACGAAUACGCCAUCGGCUACUUCAAGAAGCAGGGCUUCUCGAAAGACAUCAAAGUGCCCAAAAGUCGCUACCUGGGCUACAUUAAAGAUUACGAGGGAGCCACGCUGAUGGAGUGCGAGUUGAACCCCAGGAUUCCCUACACGGAGCUGUCGCACAUCAUCAAGCGGCAGAAAGAGAUCAUCAAGAAGCUGAUUGAGAGGAAGCAGAAUCAGAUCAGGAAAGUCUACCCGGGCCUGACCUGCUUCAAGGAGGGCGUGCGGCAGAUCCCCGUGGAGAGCAUUCCGGGCAUAAGAGAAACUGGAUGGAAGCCGAGCGUUAAGGAGAAAGUGAAAGAAGUGAAGGACCCCGAUGUGUUGUACAACAUGCUGAAGAACCUUCUUGCUCAGAUCAAGACUCACCCUGACGCUUGGCCAUUCAUGGAGCCCGUCAAGAAGUCUGAAGCGCCCGAUUAUUACGAGAUCAUCCGCUUCCCCAUCGACCUGAAGACCAUGACGGAGCGCUUGAAGAACCGCUACUACGUGACCAAGAAGCUUUUCAUCGCCGACCUGCAGCGCAUCAUCACCAAUUGCCGCGAGUACAACCCGCCCGACAGCGAGUACUGCAAGUCGGCCAACACGCUGGAGAAGUUCUUCUACUUUAAACUCAAAGACGGCGGCCUCAUAGAGAAAUGAAUAUCGUCUCGCGUUUUCUUUUCGACGCCAACGCGGUACCAAAGUUGCGCGCCGGAAACAGACUUGAUUAAUAACGUGUCAUUCCGCUCGUCGAGUCGCCAAAAGCUGGACCCGGCCGACUCCAAAGCCACGUUGCCUUCAUUUACUGACACACUUGAAGCUUCCGGCUGCCAUUUUUGUUUUCUUUUUUUUUUUUUGUCGGCCAUUUUUCUUUGAAUAUGAAAAAAACUAAGCGCAAAAUGCUGUUUGUGAAAGACUCGAUAGGUUACGUGUUACGCUUUGUCACGUUUGUCAACGCAAGUUAGUAAAAAAACGUUUGCUUUUUUUUUCGCUCCUUUGUGUGGAAAAAUGUCUUUUGAGCCAGAGGUAGUUUUUUUUUUUUUUUAAAGACAUUGAUUGUGCCUCUGGGUUUAAAUAUUUGCUUGAAAGUGCAUUAUUUGGGUGCUACACAAGAUUCUGCUGCCUUCACUACAAACCGAAAAAGAAUCUAGGUUACUGUUUUCUACUUUAUCCAUAAAGUGUUCCGUUUCCAUGACAUCCAAUGCCAGUUACCAUCACUGUAUUACUAUAUGACAAUA